AUGAUUAAGUACUUAUUUAAGUAUGUGCAUAAAGGGCCGGACUUAGCAACUAGAAUUAUGAAUAAUAAACUUGCACAUGAUAAAGAUGAGAUUCAUCAAUAUCUUGAUGCUCGCUAUAUUAGUGCUGCCGAGGCUGCAUGGAGAUUAUUUGAUUAUAAUCUCCAUCGACGUUAUCCACCUGUAGAGAGACUUCGUUAUCAUUUGCCAUAUGAACAAGAAAUCUACUUUCAUGACAAUAGAUGCAUUGAGAAUGUUGUACAAUCAGAAAGAUGUCUUAAGACAAUGCUUACAGAAUGGUUCAUUGCUAAUCAGACUUUUGAAAAUGCAAAAGAUCUGUUGUAUACUGAAUUCCCACAAAAGUUUAUUUGGAAUAGGCAACUACUUGCAUGGCUCCCGCGAAAGAAGUCAUUUGCUAUUGGGAGACUACCCUUUGCUCAACCUGUUAGUGGUGAAAGAUAUUAUUUGCGCAUGUUGUUAAAUAUUGUUAGGGGAGCAACAAGCUAUGAAUUUUUAAGGACAGUUGAUAAUGUUCUCCACCCAACAUUUAAAUCUGCUUGUCUUGCAAUGGGCUUGCUUGAAGAUGAUAAAUAG